AUGGCGCUCUCGGUGCCGGUCAACGGCAUGAAGGAGGUGGGCGGCGGCAGCGGCAAGGAGCCCCUCAUUGAACUCUUCGUCAAGGCUGGCAGUGACGGCGAAAGCAUAGGCAACUGCCCCUUCUCUCAGAGGCUCUUCAUGAUACUCUGGCUCAAAGGAGUAGUAUUCAGCGUCACAACGGUUGACUUGAAAAGGAAGCCUGCAGACCUUCAGAAUUUGGCUCCCGGAACACACCCGCCUUUCAUCACCUAUAAUAACGAAGUGAAAACUGAUGUGAACAAGAUUGAAGAGUUCCUUGAAGAAGUUCUCUGCCCACCCAAGUAUGUAAAGCUUUCAGUAAAACACCCAGAAUCCAACACUGCUGGGAUGGACAUCUUUGCUAAAUUUUCAGCAUUCAUCAAGAAUUCCAGACCUGAAGCCAAUGAAGUCUUAGAGAGGGGUCUUUUGAAGACUCUGCAGAAGCUGGAUGAGUACUUACUUAGUCCCCUCCCCGAUGAGAUUGACGAGAACAGCAUGGAAGACAUCCCUGCCUCUACGCGCAAAUUCCUGGAUGGGAACGAGAUGACGCUGGCAGACUGCAACCUGUUACCCAAGCUACAUAUUGUCAAAAUUGUGGCCAAAAAGUAUCGCAACUUUGAUAUUCCCAAGUCUAUGACGGGCAUCUGGAGAUACCUGAAGAACGCCUACAGCCGCGAUGAAUUCACCAACACCUGUCCUGGAGACAAAGAGAUUGAAAUCGCCUACAGCGACGUAGCUAAAAGACUCACUUAAACAAACAAAAAAAAAGCGUUGUUUCACGUGUAUAAGAAAAAGCUUUUUUUAACAGACUGCUCUCUCUCUCUCUCUCUCUUUUUUUUUUUUUGGUCUUUUAAGAUAGCCAUUUACUUUGCAUGUAUCUUGCAGUUAAUUCAAGUGCUACACUGGGCAAACCAGGUACUGUCUCAUUUGUCUUUCUCUCUUUUGUUAAAUGCAAAUUUAUAUUACACGGCUUAUUCGUUUUGCCUCCUGUAAAAGGGCAACUGCAGCUAUUAAUAGGACUGUGUAUAGCCAUUCUGGAAUCUGCCCCCCUCU